AUGGCUCCAAUAGACUCGUCAUCGAUAACGCGCGAAGCAAUAGCCCUAUUAUUCAAUGCGGCGAAAAUAUUAGCCGAACAACAAACCAAAAUGAAAAUCGAGUCUGUUCAUUUUAUGGAUGGACGAGUACACUUGAAUAUGCGAGAUACCGUGACAAUAGACGUAGAGAUAGGUGAUUCAGAAGAAGAGCAGAACCUAGGGCAACGCGUGGAUGUUGGCGAUAAAAUAAAUUAUGAUUCCAAAAGCGUGGAUCUAGAAAGUGAGAGAGACACGGGCGAAAAUAAUAACCAUUUUGGAAUGGGCAUGGCUUGUGACCCAGUAUUAACUUUCAUGACGGAAGAUAGUUUGGUGGAUAUGUUGAUUGAACAACAAAAGUCACAUGAUCAAAUGAACACAGUUGAUCAAGUUGAUCGAGUGUCCGUAUUUGAAAUAUCGGAUGACGAUUCAUCUGACGAAUCGUCAUAUCACAAAUCAAGCACAAAAAAGUCUCCAGUUAAAAAUGCAAAAAACAACAAAUUGUCUAAGAAAGGGUCACGCACUUCAGCAGAGAUUGGUAGAAAAGGUAGUAGACGAUCAACGAAAGCAUUACAUGAUUCAGACGAAGAAAGUCCGACUCCCACGCCAGCCAAAGGCUCUAAAAAAAAUACUGCAACGGGAAAACGUUUGCCACAAUCACGAAAAGAUGCGCUUGACGACCCAUCAAGUCCACGGCAAUCGAAAAGACUAAAACCAUUGGCGGAACCGUCGAUCCAAGCACCUGUCCGAAAGACGAAUCAGAAGACUUUUUCUCGCAAAUCAACUACUGAUACAUCAGAAGAAUCAGAGUACGAGCUGCCUUUUGUUCCAUCAAGAAAAUCAACACGCAAAACAUCUCCAAAUUCACCAAAAGAUGCCGACAUGGAAAUCCAACAAGACCAAACGGAUGGGCAAAAAAUUCCAACUUCAAUUUGGGAACUUGUGGAUGAUUCUGCAAUGGCUCCCCGGAAAUCUACCAAACAAAAGCAAGAUUGUUGCAUAAAAAAAUCUUCGCCCAAAGCAUCUGCCAAGCAAGCCAUUCAUAAAGUACCGCACAUAGCACGCCAAUCUUCACCUCGAAUAUACAUACCAUCAUCGAUCGGCAGUAAGUUGGAUCCGAAAUCAGGAUCCUUGGCCUAUCUACUUGACCCUCCAAGUAGUAAUGAUCUUGAUCGAUAUGGCGAAAUGGGACAUAAGCUGAGAAUCAUUCUUGGUGACAAAAGAGUUGCCGAUUGUAUCGACAAACUUCCCGCCUGUCCUACGGCCAUUCCCGACACUCUCAAAUUGCACUAUUUCCGCUUAUUCAAUGUAUACAAGAAACUUGGUCACACGCGUGAGGAGACGUUUAUUCACGUUGAUAACCUGAGAGCAGCACGAUUGAGAAUUAAGCAAUGGGAAAGGAUGGAUUACAGACUUGUAGGAUCUGAGACAGAAGCCUUACAUCUACAGAGCGCUCUUUUAUUUGCCGACAUAUUUAAUGAUACUGAAAUGCUAUUCCGUAAAAUGUACGACGAAACAUCUGCUGCUACCCGUAAGAGGACCAUGAAGUUAUUCUCUGACUCUAUGACUGAGUGGAAUGCCAGUAACGUUCCUAUUCUUCGUAAGACAGCCAUUCGUAUAAUGUUUCUUGCUAGAUUCAUUGAAUUUGAUGAAUUGGUGCAGGCAGGAAUUACUGUGAAAAAUCUGAGAUGCUAUCGUCCUCAAUAUAAGAAGUUCUUGGAAGAAUGUUUUGGACCUGAAGUGGCUGAAAAACUGGUCGAUAAGGAGCACGAGAUGACUUUGAGAGCCAAUGAAGUCGGAAAGUACGAUGUGUAUAGGAAAAAAUACAAGAAGAAACAGGAAGAGAUGAAAAUCGACAGUAGGGAAUUGAAAUCUCUGUUAGAUUAA